AUGUCUGCUGUGAAGCGUUUGAUGACUGAAUAUCGGCAACUAAUGGCACAACCGGUGCCUUUCGGUCGGAUAGAGCCCACAGAUAAUGCACUCGAAUGGAAGGCAUAUCUGAAUGGACCCGAAGGCAGUCCCUAUGAGGGCGGGGUCUUUGAGAUAGAUCUUACAUUUCCGGCCGAAUAUCCGAUGCGAGUGCCGGACAUACGGUUUAAAACACAGAUAUUUCACGCAAAUAUCGACAACAGCAGUGGAACAGUAUGUACGACACUUCUGUCCAAUUGGCGGUCUACCCAAACAGUGGUCACCAUUUUGCAGACACUAUUUAUAUUGUUGGCCAAACCUAACCGCAACAGUGCAUACAAGGGACGCAAUCUCAGUGAACAACAGUAUAACGCAGAGGCCCGAAGUUGGACACAACAAUACGCCAAAAAAUAA